GUUGAAUGGACUUUCCUUCGUCCGGGUUACCUCAUAGUUUCUGGUGAGCUCACUGGUGCUGCCGGUCAAACAUUGACUAUAGUGGACCUCCAUUUUGUGCUGGGGAGGGAAGGGGAUUGUAUUAACCCUAACAGGAAGGCGCAGGCGGAUGAGAUCCUUUGGGCUGUGGAUCAUUACUCACCUAAGAAUUCACAAGUGAUCCUCUGUGGUGAUCUCAACUGCUCGACAUUCAGCCUCAACGAGGAAGAUAUGGAGUUCGUCGAGUUGAUGAUGUUCCAUCGCAAUGGAUACCAAGAUGCGCUGAAAGUUUUCAAUCCUGAGGCGGGUCGACUCCCCAACGAUCAAAUGCGCGAAGUCAUUACCAAAGCUUUCGAAGCCCGGCAUAAAUCUGAAGAAGCUGAGAAAAAAUCACAAGUCGAUGAGAAGACAAAUAAAACCGCCGAAAACGACGAAUUCAUCGAAACCGAAGUUGCUGAUGAUGAACCGAAGAUUCAAGCAAUCAGUGAUGAUGAAGUUCCCCUUGUCCCUAAGGGUGAUGGCGUUGAGGAAAAGCAAGAUUGCAAGAAAUUGGAAAAGAUCAACUCGGAAGUGGAAGGAUCUUUGGAACGCCUGAAAAUGCCGAUCACUUGGGACGGGGUGAAUAAUCCGUCGACACGAUUGGGCGACCCUGGUGCUGAGUUGCGAUGUGAUUAUGUUUUCCUGAAGGACGCGCCCGAACCGGAACCGAGAACGAUCAAGUUGGAGGAAAAGGAG